CGCAAAUAUACAGCAAGUAUGACGGCUACGGCGGCCACGCCGGCCACGGCCGCGCCCUUCCACUUCGUCUGUCUGGACACCAAGACGGACUGCGUGCUGAGCGAGCCCUCGAUUGAUGGCCUCUUGAAAAAGUGGUCCAUGAAAGGCUACCUCCGGGCGCAGCGCUACUCCUUCAACGAGGCCUUUCAAGUCUACCAAAAGGAGGACCUCGCCCGGGCUUUCUUCGGGGACCCCCACGUCGUCUCCACGCUCCGCUCCUUCCCGGCCGGAAAAGCGCGCGCGGCGCACGAGGUGGCCGUCCAGCGAGUGCCCUGCUCGCUCACGUCCACGGCGCUGUUCCGCCGCCUGGCCAAGGUGGGCGUGGUGCGGGGGGAGGACCUCAUCACGCCGUGCGCCGAGACGCAGGUCGGCGACAUCGUCAUCAACGACCGCCUCCGCAGGAUCCUGGUGGACGAGGAGGACGAGGACUGGGACGUGUUCACCGCGGGGGAGCGCGCCGAGUUCCUGGUGCAGCUGCUGCGGCUGCUGGUAGUGGGCGGCAAGUGGUGCCAGUACGAGGACACGCUGACGCCGUACAUCGACACGGCGCGCGCCAUCUACAAGCACCUCGUCAGCGUGGAGAAGGACCCCGACGGCAUCGUGGUGGUGCGCUCCGUGGUGCUCAAGGUCGUGGCCAAGGACGAGGACGGCGAGCCCAUCCUGCCGCUGAACCCCGAGCACCCUCAGGACGUGGCUUUCCUCUGCAUCGAUCCUGUGCGACGCAUCGUCAACGUGCUCUCGCAUCACUACGGCGAGGACCUGGUCGAAUAAAACUAUGUCAUCGUGU